CCUCCAUCGCCGGAACCAGAGCCCGCGCUGCCUUUUGACUUCCAUCGUUUCUUGGAGCAGCUAAGGCAUAGGACUGCUGAUCCUGUCGCGCGCUUUCUUCGCUCCUUCUUGAACGAGUUUGCCAAGAAGCAGUGGAUGGUCCAUGAACAAGUGAAGAUCAUAGGUGACUUCCUGGAGUUUAUCGCCAAGAAAAUGGCAAUGUGUGAAGUAUGGCGUACGGUCUCCGAUGCCGAGUUCGACAACGCCAGAGAAGGAAUGGAGAAGCUAGUGAUGAACAGGCUUUACUCUCAGACCUUUUCUCCCGCCAUACCAGCGCCGACCUCAUCCAGCCCCAGGAAAAGGGCCAACAGAUCUCAGGCCGACCAAGCGAGUCCGCACGGGCCUGGAAGAAGAGGACAGCACCAAGAAGACGUGGAGCGAGAUGAUGUGAUUGCUCAGAAGAUCAAGAUCUACGGCUGGAUUCGUGAGGAACAUCUCGACAUCAAGACUCUGGGCCCGAAAGGCGAAAAGUUCCUGAAUCUGGCGCAGAAAGAAUUGCUGAAGAUUAAUUCGUAUCGUGCACCACGAGACAAGGUGAUCUGCGUGCUGAAUUGCUGCAAAGUCAUAUUUGGCUUUCUGCGAAAUGCCAAGGCUGAUCAGUCUGCCGACGCUUUCGUUCCUUUGCUCAUUUAUACAGUUCUACGAGCGCACCCUGACAAUCUCGUAAGCAAUGUUCAAUACAUCUGGAGAUUCAGGAAUCCCGAUAAGCUGGGUGGCGAGGCCGGAUAUUACAUGUCUUCUUUGAUGGGUGUAGUAUCGUUCAUUGAGAACCUGGACAGAACGAAUUUGACUAUUACCGACGAAGCAUUUGAGAAAAAUGUCGAGCAGGCAGUGAGCGCGAUCGCGGAGAAGAAUCGUGCGGAAGAUUAUGAGCAAAAAUCAACGCCAAAGAGGAACCCUAGUCAACGUUUGAGUGAGAAGCAAGCUCAAUUUCAUCAAAGCAGUCCUGAGGACGAUGAUGUGGAUGCUGUCACUGGACUUUUGCGGACUAUACAGAAGCCUCUGAGCAGCAUCGGACGUAUGUUUUCGGACGAUGCGACGUCUGCGGAGAGUCAACGCGCUCAGCAGAAACAGAGCGCCGAUGAUGCAGCCGCGAAGCAGGCCAGUGCAGAAGUAGCGCAAGCCCAUGCCUUACGAGUGCGGGAGCACAAACUCGUAGUAGAGACAUUGCAGAGCAUGUUUCCUAACCUCGAUACAGAAGUUAUCGAGGACGUUGUGCGAGCACAGGAAGGAAAUGUGGGAAGAGCGGUAGAUGGAUGCUUAGCCUUGAGC